AUGCUGGAACGAAUAAUUCUGCUGUGUGCUCUAGCUAUUGCCGGCUGCUCAGCGAUUAUAACGAAGAAGAACGUGUCAAGCGCGCUGAAAAAUGGGACUGGCGCGGCAUACUGGUAUCAACCACCACCAUAUUUUGGCGCCCCAGCCCCGCCACCUUUUUAUCCAGCACCAUCAGCACCUCUUCCUCCACCAUCGUUCUAUCCGCCGCCACCAGUGUACGGACCACCACAGCCGCCACCAGUACCUCAGCCAGCACAAGCAUCAUUUGCGCUGGUCAAUGGUGUCGGCAGUCCGCCUUUCGGACCAUUCGCACAACCAGUGCCGUUGCCGUUCCCAGCAACAGGCGCAAGUUUUGAUGGGCCGGAAGUAGGUAUACUGCCGCCAGGUGAGGGACCAAUACCACCGCCACCACCACCAGGUAUUCCGCUCGGAGCAACGCGACAAUUUUGUCGAUAUACAGCAACACUGGAUAGCUACGCCUGCAACUACUGCUGCAAGAUCGCCGCACGGCACUACUCUACCUCAAUUGAAACAACUGACAAACCGAAGCGAACCACUCCUCGCUACACCGGACCAACAAUACCAACGGUUGCUCCGGAUGGCGCACCGCCGGACCCAGUGCCUGGUCCAGUGCCUGGUCCAGUGCCACGAAUGGGACCAUUUGCGCCAGGACCAGUCGAUGGUCCCCUAAUUCCACCACAGCUGCCACCACUGCUACCUGUGCUACCAGUACCACGCCUUACACCACAGUGUUUCUGCUGUGCACCGAAAAAAUUCUUUGGUUGGAUUUAA